AUGACGGGAUUUCAGCUACUCGUAUUGAUAUUGGUGAUACCCUAUUGUCUAUGUGUCCCACAUAUCACCAAUUUACCAAAAACAAUUAUUAUGAACGAAGGAACGCCUGCGAACGAAAUACUGUACAGUCUGGAAGUGGAUACUACAGGUGCAACUGUUGUGAACGAUAACCCAUCGGUUCAUUUUGAUUUCGAUGAUUCAACAUUGGUUGUAACAGCAGGGACUGUGGUAAAUUAUGAUGAAAUACCUGGACAAGUAUUUCUACAAAGUUAUCGGCUCGAUUUCACAAUCACGGAUGGAGCCGAUUCCUCUAUAGGGUAUCUGACAAUACAAAUCAGAGAUCAGCCUGAUACAGCCCCUUGGUUUGGUACAACUUACUACGAACCCACUGGGACACCACCUACUUAUAAUGCCUUGAUGAACGAAGAACAAUCUACCAUUUUCUGGACUGCGUUUCCUCCUAGUGUUGAAGUAAAUGACCCGGAUGGGAAUGAUCUAUACUCGUUAACGUACUCACUAGGUGGUGCAUCAAGUGUAUUCACUGUAGAUAGUAGUACCGGCACUAUAUCUGCCACCUCAAAUCUGGAUUUUGAAACGGAUACCCAGACAUAUUUGUUCGACUUGAUAGCAACAGACCCGUCGGGAUUGGCUGGAACCUGUUCCGUCUCUGUCUCUCUUGUGGAUCUUAACGACAACAGUCCCAUAUUUGAUCAAGGAAUAUACUUAACGGAAGUUCAGGAACAUGAUGGAACCGCUGGGCAUACCGAAAUAGUCGUUCAGACUGUAACAGCCGUUGACAUAGAUGCAGGGGCCGCUAUUACAUAUGCAUUGGUCGGAGGUGAUGAUGCUCCUCCAAAUUCAAAAUUUUACUUAGCUGGAAACAUUAUAAGAACUACAGCCUCCCUUGACUACGAAGACCCAGUCGUUAUAGGCAGAAACUACCAGUAUGAUCUCAUAGUUACCGCAUCAGACGUAGGGUCGCCAUCGGUUGCUACAGCAACUGUAAGAGUAAAGGUAGGAAUCAAAUCUCACGUAUUAAAUAUUUUCAUUCAAGUAUGUGAAUAG